AGAUACAUCGUGAAGCAGCUGUCCCGCAGCGAGCGGCAGUCGUUUCUGGAGUUUGCCCCCGACUACUUCCGCUACGUGGCCACCAUGCUGCACCGCGGCCAGGACACGUGCCUGGCCAAGGUACUGGGUGUAUACCAGUACACUGGCGGCCGCGGGGCGCCCGCCGUGCCCCCUUUCGGCGGCAAAGAGGGAGUCAUGGACCUGCUGGUCACCGAAAAUGUGUUCUAUGGGCGGGACACCCAGGUGUCACGCAUCUAUGACCUCAAGGGUAGCCAGCGGGACCGGUACGCGGCAGACAACCCCGCAGUGGCAGGCGCAGUGCUGCUGGAUGAGAACCUGAAGGAGCUCAACCUCACCUCACCCACGCUGGUGGGGCCACGUACCUUUGCACGCCUGCAGCGUGCGCUGUGGUCAGACACCAGCUUCCUGGCGGGGCUGGGCGUGAUGGACUACUCGCUGCUGGUAGGGGUGGACAAGCAGCGGCAGGAGCUGGUGGUGGGCGUCAUCGAUUACAUACGCCAGUACACCUGGGACAAGCAGGUGGAGACGUGGGUCAAGAAGAGCGGCAUCCUGGGCGGCGCGGGCAAGGACCCAACCGUCAUCUCGCCCAAGCAGUACAGCCGUCGCUUCAGGUGGGCAGGCUGCUGUUUUCAAGCGGGUGGGAGGGCGGGCCGGCGCAGCUGCCGCAGCGAUAGAUUUGGUGUCAGUGUCGGGCGGCUUUGCCCUAGCCAAGUGGCCUAUUUGUGUGGCUGCUCCCACAGGAUCGCCAUGUCCUCCUACCUAACUGUUGUGCCUGCCUGGGAGCCCCCCGAGCCGCCGCUGGACCCCGAUGCCAUGUGA